AUGUUCCGGCCCCCUCCCACGUUCCAGAAUGUUCCGGCCCCCUCCUAUGUUCCAGAAUGUUCCGGCCCCCUCCUACAUUCCAGAAUGUUCCGGCCCCCUCCUACGUUCCAGAAUGUUCCGGCCCCCUCCUACAUUCCAGAAUGUUCCGGUCCCCUCCUACGUUCCAGAAUGUUCCGGCCCCCUCCUAUGUUCCAGAAUGUUCCGGCCCCCUCCUACGUUUUUAGAAUGUUCAGGCCCCCUCCUACAUUCCAGAAUGUUCCGGCCCCCUCCUACGUUCCAGAAUGUUCCGGCCCCCUCCUAUGUUCCAGAAUGUUCCGGCCCCCUCCUACAUUCCAGAAUGUUUCGGACCCCUCCUACGUUCCAGAAUGUUCCGGCCCCCUCCUACGUUCCAGAAUGUUCCGGCCCCCUCCUACGUUCCAGAAUGUUCCGGCCCCCUCCUACGUUCCAGAAUGUUCCGGCCCCCUCCUACGUUCCAGAAUGUUCCGGCCCCCUCCUACAUUCCAGAAUGUUCCGGCCCCCUCCUACAUUCCAGAAUGUUCCGGCCCCCUCCUACAUUCCAGAAUGUUCCGGCCCCCUCCUACGUUCCAGAAUGUUCCGGCCCCCUCCUACGUUCCAGAAUGUUCCGGCCCCCUCCUACAUUCCAGAAUGUUCCGGCCCCCUCCUACGUUCCAGAAUGUUCCGGCCCCCUCCUACGUUCCAGAAUGUUCCGGCCCCCUCCUACGUUCCAGAAUGUUCCGGCCCCCUCCUACGUUCCAGAAUGUUCCGGCCCCCAGGGCGCCAUGUCGCCACGCGCCGAGGGGCAAAGACCCCAGACACGUCAGCGACACUCGAGAGGCGGAGAUGUCCGGUGGGCCACCAUCACGCUACUGCAUCAAACACUGGCACCCAGUAGAGCAGACGCAGCAGUAUCCGACGGAGCUCCAGAAGACAGAAGCAAGAUCUCAACAGGACGGUGGCGGUUGUGCGCUUGUCGCCCGGCGCGGUGGGCGGGGCGUGGGCGGGGCGUGGGCGGGGCCUCCUCGCGGGGGCGGGGAGGGGCGGGCCCCGCUGGAGCAGGGGGAGGGGGCAGGCAGCGACAAGACGUGUCAGUGA